CCACGCUGUUUGGAGAGAAGAGAACUACCUGGAAUUCUUGUUCUCCAAAGAUGUGGAAUUAUCAUCCCAACAACAGCCAUCUCUCGCUCUGUCCUGAGGACCCUCAGGUGUGGCCCAUCCAUCCCUUCAGUGUUUCCCUCCAUCCUUGGUACGCUCAGGUGUGGCCCAUCCACCCCCUCAGCGUUUCCCUCGGUCCUGGGGCCGCUCAGGUGUGGCCCAUCCACCCCCUCAGUGUUUCCCUCGGUCCUGGGGCCGCUCAGGUGUGGCCCAUCCAUCCCCUCAUUGUUUCCCUCUGUCCUGGGGCCACUCAGGUGUGGCCCAUCCCCUCUGUUUCCCUCUGUCCUGGGGCCGCUCAGGUGUGGCCCAUCUAUCCCCUCAGUGUUUCCCUCUGUCCUGGGGCCGCUCAGGUGUGGCCCAUCCACCCCCAGCAUUUCCCUUGUCCUGGGGCUGCUCAGGUGUGGCCCAUCCACCCUCAGUGUGGCCCAUCCACCCCCUCAUUGUUUCCCCUCUGUCCUGGGGCCGCUCAGGUGUGGCCCAUCCAUCCCUUCAGUGUUUCCCUCUGUCCUGGGGCCGCUCAGGUGUGGCCCACCCAUCCCCUCAGUGUUUCCCUCUGUCCUGGGGACCCUCAGGUGUGGCCCACCCAUCCCUUCAGUGUUUUUCCUCCCACGUUCUCUAUGUUUUGUUUCCCAUCUUCCCACACAGGUGGAGAGAGAAGGGGAUCCCAUUGCCUGUGAGGAGGACACGGCUCCUGGUGGGCAGAUUGUGAAGUUCAAGUCACAGCUCCUGGGAAAGUCUCUGUGUGUCAAGAUCUUGGGGGUGAGACAGAUGCAGGGACCACACUCUGCCCUGCUCUGUACCUCUGAGUCUUGAUCCAGCUGCCUUGUGACCAGGACACUUAGAAGAACCAUAGAUCCUGCAAGAGGGCAGGUUUGGAGAGUGAGAUGAGCACGCCUGAGGGAUUAGAGGGUAACUUGAACCACUGCCUUGCAAACUACGUGAGGAUGUGCAGGUGUGUGUGUGUGCUGGGGGGAUGUUUAGCAGCCUCAUGGAGGGGUAACCGACAUACAAGAGAACAAGGCUGGGCGCGGUGGCUCACGCCUGUAAUUCCAGCACUUUGGGAGGCCGAGGUGGGCGGAUCACCUGAGGUCAGGAGUUUGAGACCAGCCUGACCAACAUGGUGAAACCCCGUCUCUACUAAAACUACAAAAAAUUAGCCAGGCGUGGUGGUGGGUGCCUGCCGAGAUUGUGCCACUGCACUCCAGCCUGGGCAACAGGAGUGAAACUCCGUCUCAAAAAAAAAUUUUUUUUUGGAUCAAUUUUGACAUACGUAUGCACCUGCAAAACCAUGAGCAUAGUGAAGACCAGGAGCAGCACGACUCCCAAAGCUUCCUCGUGCUUCUUUGGAAUCCCUCCCUACAGCCCCUCCCACCCCACCCCACCCCAUCCUAUCAGCCACUGAUUUGCUUUCUGUUACAGUCAGUAGAUUUGCAAUUUCCUUAAUA